UCCACCUUGGCUUAGGAAGGAGGCGAUUGGACCGUCCGCCCGCAGCCGCAGCCCCGGGUGACUGUGAGGGACCCGGGGACGGGGGAGGUACAAGCCGGGACCUCAGGGCUCCGCCGUCCACCCGAAGCCCCGCGACGGGGACCCCGGAUUGCACAGGCAUGGACGGGAAGAAAUGCAGCGUGUGGAUGUUUCUACCUCUUGUGUUUACUUUGUUUACUUCAGCUGGCUUGUGGAUAGUGUACUUUAUAGCCGUGGAAGAUGACAAAAUUUUGCCAUUAAAUUCAGCUGCAAGGAAAUCGGGUGCGAAGCACGCUCCAUACAUCAGUUUUGCAGGUGACGACCCUCCUGCAAGCUGUGUGUUCAGUCAAGUAAUGAACAUGGCCGCCUUCCUAGCCCUCGUGGUAGCUGUUCUGCGCUUCAUCCAGCUGAAACCAAAAGUUUUAAACCCAUGGCUGAAUAUCAGCGGUCUGGCGGCUCUGUGUCUGGCUUCCUUUGGAAUGACCUUACUUGGUAAUUUCCAGCUGACAAACGACGAAGAAAUCCACAACGUGGGGACAUCCCUGACCUUUGGGUUUGGCACACUGACCUGCUGGAUCCAGGCCGCACUGACCCUCAAAGUCAAUAUCAAGAACGAGGGGCGGAGAGCUGGGAUCCCGCGAGUCAUCUUGUCAGCCGUCAUUACCCUCUGUGUAGUCCUGUAUUUCAUCCUGAUGGCCCAAGAUAUCCACAUGUACGCAGCCAGGGUCCAGUGGGGCCUGGUCAUGUGCUUCCUGGCGUACUUUGGCACCCUGGCUGUGGAGUUCCGGCACUACCGCUAUGAGAUUGUGUGUUCCGAGUACCAAGAGAACUUCCUGAGCUUCUCAGAAAGUCUGUCAGAAGCUUCUGAAUAUCAGACGGAUCAGGUGUAGCCCAUCAGUUUGUCCUUGGGGGUGCGGUGGGUGUGGCGACAGGGGAGGGGCCAGGAGGAUACACUCACGGGACUCGACACAUCACCUCACGAUGCUUUUCACACACACGGACGCAUACUUAUGGCCACAUCUGACAGAAGAGCUUUUCAGGGCAGGUUCUUUCUUUCUUGAACAAGCACAAGCCUUCAUGUAUGGAAAUACACGCUGUCACACCGAAAACAUGCACGGCGGAGCCAGAAGCUUGUGCAUGACCACCUCCCCGCCCCCCUCCCUCCUAGCAGGCCUUGCGCUUCUCAUCCUCUUCCCGGUUCCAACCUGGCAUCUUCCUCCUGCAAAGUAAGGCUGGCCGAAUAUAAAGCGAAGAGUCAAGCCAGCUCCCUAAGUCGCCUUCAGGUCCGAAGGGCUUGAGGCGAGCACGAGGGGAACUUGAGUGGAAACCUAGGAGAAUCUGACUGGACGCAUCCCGCACUAAAGCUGGCCGUGGCCUGAGGCGUGGGCAGAGCUUUCCCAUCAGGCUGACAUCAUCACUGUUCAGAGGUCGGCUUUGUGGAUCAUGCAGAGAGAGAAGCAUGCUACAGAGAGUGAGCGGGAAAGAAGCCGGCCACCAGCAUUUGGACUUGAAUCACUCUGCCUGAGGAAGAUCUCCAAACGUGAAUGCACCCCGGGACGGUCUGCCGCAUAUGGCACGAGGUACAGCCGAGAGGGCGUGGCCUGGUUUUUCCUUCCACACUGCAUCACCCACAGUUCCAGUUUUAUAGCUCAUGGCAUGCGUUUUUCUUUUUGAAGUGCCACUCUUACGGGUCUGUGGGCAAAGGUGUGGGCCAAAGGCAAGAACCUUGUUUUGGUUUCAAGUAUGAAAGGGGUAUACGUGCAAGCUUAAUUUAUAUCUGAAGAAAUAAUAAGAAAAAAAGAUUCUCGAAGAAUCGCAAAAGAAAUCUACAUGGGGGUGAAGGGUAUGAGGGUGCCUGUGGGCUCUGAGGAAAGACAGGAGGUUAGCCCUCCCUCUUGCUGCCAGUCCAACCCAGGGGAGAUUUUAACAUCCAUGUGUUGCUCAAAUUUUAUAGUUUGAGGACUAGGGACUUUAAAUUAAAUUUGGAAGUUUUAGAAGCAAAUUAAAAAACAUCACCCUCCCGCAAAUCACAUUGGCACAAACGGAGCUGCAAUACUGCUAAGCUGUUCACAGAUGAGCCCAGAGGUGCAGGAGUGCAAGGCCGUCCUAGAUCCGUGUGCCAACAACAGUGCCAAGUGCACAAGCAUCCCCUCCCCCAACAAAGUGCACAAGCACCCCCUCCCCCAACCAAGUGCACAAGCACCCCCUCCCCCAACCAAGUCACAAGCAUCUCCUCCCCCAACCAAGUGCACUGUUUCAAAAAACUCUCCAAACUCAUAGGGGCCUCAGACAGCCCGGAAUGUAAUGUGGAAAUUACAUUCUGUUUUGUAAAUUCAACCCAAAGUAUAGCUUCUCAAGGAAGGGUUCAAAUGCUGUUACAUCUAAAUCUCCGCCCCCAGCACAGCGCCUAGCACAUAGUAAAUGCUCAACAAGUGUCCAGUGAAUAGAUUGCUGCUCCUUUCUGAGUUGGAGGUGAGGAGUAUCAAAGAGAUUCAGAGACAAACGACAGAGUGGAAGCCAGUGUGAAGACGGAGGGGGAGGACUCAGAGGGGGAGGACUACGGGGCAGGGAAGGGAACGAAACCCCCUCAGUAGUGUGAGAAGUCUCGAGUAGAGUAUUCUCUUAUUAAAAAGGCAUCUUACUGUAAAUAUUCCAGGGGGAUGUCUGUUAGUUUUGAAACUGCUAUGGGGUUUCUCUUCUUUCCUUCUUUUCAUUUUUAUAUUUUAAAUAUUUUUUAUCAAAGAACAAACAGUUUUAUUUUACUCUCCACACUCCAAGUUAAAGAGCUUUCGGUGACGCACUUCUCUGCUUUCUUAAGAGUGUAUGUAGCAGCGCGUCGUAACAGAAUCAAUCAAAGACUGACAUUACUCACUGGGACCUGGCCACUGAAUAAAGGGGUUUUAUGCUAA